UUUAAUACGAUUUUUUUUGUACGACUGGAAAGAAUGGUCGAGAACUAGUUUGGUGUGAUUGUGGGGGUAAGAACCCCAUGCUUAAAUUACUUGAAUUCUUUAACUUUUUACUCAUACGUUUCAGGGUUUUUGCCGGUGAGCAUAUAAAAGGUGAUACGGCUCAAAGUUUAGCUGCAAGUGCCGUUAAGCCAAGAGAACUAAUAAAAAAUCUUGGUGUGACUGUAUUUAAGCUUGAAUCAUGUUUCGACACAACUGCUCCAGAUGUCGAUGUCAUAAGUGUGAUCAAUACAACAAUUCCUGAUGCAUGGAGUGUUGAUUGGUUUGGAUGGGAUGCCUUGCACGAUAAAGUUGAAAUUCAAGGACAAGUUGUACAGACUGAAAAAUGUCAGAGUGAACCUGGUAUAACAAUACAAACUGGAGAAAUUUGUGCAUCACCAAAAGCAUUAGAUAAUACAAAU